CCAUGGGACUGAAUCAGUCCAAGAAGCGCCUGCCAUCGUACGACGGAGAGCCCGUGAGUUUCGAUCACUUCCAAGUGCUUCGAGCCAUCGGCAAAGGGAGCUUUGGCAAGGUGUGCAUCGUGCAGAAGCACGACACGCAGAAGCUCUACGCAAUGAAGUACAUGAACAAGGCGCAGUGCGAGGCUAAAGACGCAGUCGCGAACGUCUUCAGAGAGAUGCAAAUUUUGGCUUCCGUUUCGCACCCGUUCCUGGUCAACUUCUGGUUCUCUUUUCAAGACACAGAAGACAUGUUCAUGGUGGUAGACCUGCUGGAGGGGGGCGACCUGCGCUACCACGUAAGCAACGGUGUCGCGUUCUCUGACGACGCGGUUGUCCUGUACGUGCUGGAGGCGGCGUGCGCUCUAGACUACCUCCACAGCAGGCAUAUACUGCACAGGGACAUCAAGCCAGAUAACAUGUUGCUGGAUGACGAAGGUCACGUUCAUUUAACAGACUUCAACAUCGCCAUAGAGCUGCACGAGGGCCAGCUGGCAACCUCCAUGAGCGGGACCAAGCCUUAUAUGGCGCCGGAGGUGUUCGCAUGCGCCGCGGACGCCGUGCCUGGCUACGGCUUCCCCGUGGACUGGUGGUCGCUUGGUGUCGCCGCUUACGAGAUACGCAAAGGGCGGCGCCCCUACGACAUCCACGCUAACAGCAGCCUGACGGAAGUACGGCGGAUGAUGCUUAGCAGCCCUCGCUACCCUAGCGACUGGGGGCCUGCGCUGGUCACCUUAUUGGACAAGCUGUUGAGCCCGUCGCCCGCGUCACGCUUGCGCUCACUGGCAGAGGCCUUGCGGUUGUGCAAUGCAUACGGUGCUGCUACAGGAGGGGGUGCUGGAAAAGAGGGCACCGGAAGAGAGGGCACCGGAAGAGACAGUGCUGGAAAAGGUGGCGCCGGCAAAACAGUUAUAGGGGGCAGUGUGGUUUACACAGCGGAGUCUCUGCUCAACAAGCAACACCAGCCUCCUUUUGUGCCUCUCAAGGACCAUCUGAACUGCGACCCCACGUUCGAGCUCGAGGAGAUGAUCAUCGAGUCGCGCCCGCUGCACAAGAAGAAGAAGAGACUCUCGAAGCAGAGGAGCUUGUUGCAGACCCAGAGUAGCAUGUCUGUUGCUGACGUGAGUGCAGAUACGCCGGUACAGCUCGGCAACGCUGCCCCCUACGACCAAAUGCUCAUCUACAACCGAGAGCGCGAGAUGGCGGAGCUCGAACGCGAAAAACUCGAGCGCCAGUGGCAAGAAGAACUCGAAACCUCCAUGAACAUGUCCGACCCCACCGGCCUUGGUGCCUCAUACACGGGCUGUAGGUGUUUACUGGACAGAACAGCUGUGAAGGAGUGCCCCCGGUGUGUUCCUUUGGCACCAUGCGAGUCCUGCAGCAGCAGGUCCUUCAGUUCCUGUGCCACCACAACCUCCUUGUCCGUUACUACAGCCGACAUCGCAAAUAACAUCAAUAAAAGACACAAAUGUUCGGCAGAAGUCCCUAAUACUAGUACUUCUCCUGAAGAUACUUCUGAAGCUGAUGAUUUUAUAGACACGACAGCAACUGCUAAUAUUGGGAAGAACGUGCGCAGGAAAUUCAAAGGGAAAUUUGUGGAGAAAGAGACAAGUGUAAUGAUGGAAUGA